AUGCUUAAUAUGCAGCUAUAUGGAGACUACAUACUCAUCCAGCCUCCAUACAGUUCCUUAUGUUAAAACUUCUCGAAGAUGUGUUGAACAGAUGUCAGUUACCCUAAGUCAUGUCUAAUUACAUAAUUAGUACCAAUUUAUGUAGACAUUCGCUCUGUGCUUGAUAGGAAUAGUAUGUUUAUGGUGUAAGUCAUGGCAGGCAUUUGGUGACUUGCACAUUUCUCCCAUAUAUUACACCUGAGUUAGCUAUGUCAUAUUUCUAGUGUUUAUUAUGUUUAUAAACAUAGAUACCAUGCAUGUUUAUCUCAACUAAAAUCGAGAUUAUACCCUUCAAUGAUAAAAAUAGUAUUGAUUUCAUUUUAACUGUAUGAUUGUACGGUCGACUUGUUAGCAAUAGUGUAGGGGAUGCAAUUAUUCAACAAAGCGAAACCUACCUUGUACUUGUUACAAUAAUUCUGUUUUCAUUCGCCGACUGGCCAUUCUCUACGCAAACUGCAGUAGUUUUUCAGCUUGUUUUAUUGUAUUAAUAUUUAAGAUUAUUUAGAUAAUAAAAAUGGGGUAUAUUUUUAGAUUUGCAAUUGUUUUGUUACUGUCCCACAGCGCUAUGGUCAAUUUUAGGGUGCUUGCUCGAGCCAUGUCGUCGGUUGCGAGAUCCUUCGAAGCCAACGGCGUGGUACCCGACGUCGUCUCGAAAGCGCCACAGGCUUCUGUCACGGUUAAAUUUAAGAGCGGUGCUGAAGUUAAUAAUGGAAACGUGCUUACACCAACUCAAGUGAAGGAUGUCCCAAGAGUUAGCUGGCUCGCAGACCCCAACACCUUUUACACAUUGGCGAUGACUGACCCGGAUGCGCCGUCCCGCAAGGAGCCAACCUUCCGCGAAUGGCACCACUGGCUGGUCUGCAACAUCCUCGGGAACGAAGUAGAGGUGGGCGACACGCUCUCCGCCUACAUCGGCUCCGGCCCGCCGCCCGGCACCGGCCUGCACCGCUACGUGUACCUGGUCUACAAGCAGCCCGGGAAGAUUGACUUCGACGAGCCACGCCUCCCCAACAAUUCCGGUGACAAGCGCGGAGGGUUCUCCAUUGCAAAAUUCGCCAAGAAGUACAACCUGGGCGACCCCAUCGCCGGGAACUUCUACCAGGCUGAGUACGAUGACUACGUGCCCACACUCUACAAGCAGCUUGGAGCCUAAACAUAAUAUUAUACAGUUCAGGCGAUUAUAUUCCCAUUUAGUUCGUGCUUUCUGCCACGUAUAACCUAUAUAGGUACGUUCAACGCAAUAGUGAAUAGGCAUCUUCUAGGCAAGCGUGCUCCAACACAGACUUAAUCAUUGGUUUUUUUUAAAUAUAUUUUUUAUUCGAUUAGACUUUUACAAGUACUUUUGAAUCGUCAAAUGCAUCUACCACUGGUUCGGAAUGCCUUUCCUACCGAGAAGAACCAGCAAGAAACUCAGCGCAAACUAGCAACUCUUUUAAAAGAUUUGAUACCUAUACAAUAUUAUAACAUGUAUAAAAGUAAUUGAUGUCCCGCGCGUUGCUGGAGCGAGCUGCAGGUCAAAUCCACGCUCUUUUAUCAUUUAUAUAAUCUUCAAUUGUAUAAUAUGCUUUUUACAGGACCAUUUUCAUAGAUUUUUUGAACUUUUGUAAAGGCAAGCACAAAAUUGUGGAAUUUUGUUAUAAAAGAUUUAUUAUACCCAUUAGAGAGAUUAGAGAUUAUAACAACAAUGAAAGAUUGCAAUGAAAAUAAAUUCGCGACUUCGUCCGUGUGCAUUUAAAUUUUAUAAAAUGCACUGAGAACUUUUGAUUUUCCGAAAUAUUAUUAGUAUCCCGGUCUUCAACUGUAUACAUACAAAAAAUGACGUCACGUUGCUGUGUUGCGGUAUAAUUUAAGGACAAAUCAACAAACAAACACAUUUAUUAUAUUAGUUAUUAUGAUUAGUGAUUUAAGAAAUGUUAUUGAAAACUUGUUACUGGUAUUAACAGUAUCUACGGUGAAUAAAAUUACAUUUUGAAAAAUC